AUGGGUCACGGCAAGUCCGACCGACCCUUUCUGAGUGCUGCCGAGCACUCAGGCGUCUACGGCUCCCACGGCGCCUCUUCCGGCAAAGUCGGUGGACUGGAAGAAUCCACCUUCCAUCCAGUCUCGUUCGACUGCUGCGCCAUCUCAUUCCAGCCCUGGUCCAUUCCCGUCUGCUCGCCCGACUGUGGCGUUGCAUUUGAGCUGACCAGCCUCAUUCCCUUCUUGCGCAAGUUCGGCGUUCAUCCGGUCACCGGCAGACCGUUCGAGCUGGACGAUGUGGUGCGGCUCCACUUUCUUAAGAACGAGCAGGGCAGGUAUCACGAUCCCGUCUCUUUCAAAGAGUUUGAUCAGCAUUCGCAUCUGGUGGCGGUGAGGCAGAGCGGAAAUGUCUUCCUGUGGGAUACCGUGCAGAGGUUGAAUGUCAAGGCAAAGUAUAUGAAGGACCUGGUCACCGAUGAGGCGUUUACCAAGGCGGACAUCAUCACGAUCCAAGAUCCGAAUCGGCCCGAGGAGAGGAAUCCGAGCUCGAUGCAUCAUGUCAAGCAAGGGCUGGCGCUGAGUCAGGCGGACAAGGGCAUCGACAGCUCGGAGCAGGUCAACCUGGGUGGCAGUGCACAAAAGCUAAUCAACCAGCUUCGAGGCAGCACGUCGUCCGACACACCUACCUCAUCCGCAUCAUCGUCCAAGCCCCAACACUCCCCAGCAACGAAAGAGACGACCUCGGCCUACACGCGCAACAAAGCCACAGGAGCAUCCACCGGAAUGACCGCAGCCAGCUUCACAUCCUCGCAUCUCACCCCGCGCACCGCCAUCGAGCGCAUCACCCUGGACACGGAAGAACUCAUGUUCCAGCACAUCCGCGGGCGCCCGCGCGAAAAGGCCUACGUCCGUCUCGCCACCAAUGCCGGCCCUCUCAACCUCGAGCUGCACUGCGAUAAGGCGCCCAAGACAUGCUACAACUUCCUCCAGCUGUGCAAGCAGGGCAAAUACGACGAUACCAUCUUUCAUCGCAACAUCCGCGGGUUCAUGAUCCAAGGUGGAGACCCGACAGGGACGGGAAGGGGCGGAAGCAGUAUCUGGGGCCACGAGUUUAGGGAUGAAUAUGACGAGCCGGGAGCGGAGAAGCAUACAGGAAGGGGAGUGCUCAGCAUGGCGAAUAAGGGUAAGGGGACAAAUGGAAGUCAGUUCUUCAUCACUUACCGAGCGGUGCCGCAUUUGGACGGCAAGCAUACCGUGUUCGGCAGACUGGUCGACGGAGAGAAGGACAAGACGCUGACGGCGCUAGAGAGCAUCCCGUCAGAAGAAGGGACAGACCGACCGCUGAGGAAGAUUAGGAUACAGGACGUGCUCGUGACGGAAGAUCCGUUCGAAAAGUACCAGCUCAAGCAGAAGCAGGCCGCAAAGGCAAACGAUCCGACGGAUCCAGACAACAUCAGGAGGAUGGAGAAGAGGAAAAGAAGAGAGGCGGAUAGGACCACUUGGCUGGGAACGGAAUUACCGACCAAGGCGGAGGGGGAUGGAGAUAGGAGGUCAAAGGAGGCUGGGUUGCUAGCCAGUUCCAACUCGUCGAUUGGAAAGUAUCUCAAUGCUGGAGCUGGGACGAAGGCAAAGACAGAAACGAGCAACGGAUCCAAUUUCGCAGCUGAUAGCGGCACGAAGAAGAGAAAGACCGCUGGAGGGUUCGGUGACUUUUCAGGAUGGUAG